AAGCACGACACACAUGGGAAAAUAGGAAGCGGCGGGGAUAAUCAUAGAAGCAACAGCAGCAAAAUCAAUUCUAAAGUGAAGGAAAAUCAUAAAAAUAACAACGCGAAAAUAGCUAAAAGAAGUUAACUGCUGUGAGCCCCCAUCACCUCCGGCAUUUUGUGCUGGCGACUCGCGAGUCAAACGAGAAAAUAAUUCUACAAAGCAAUUAAAAAAACAGCAGAGGCGUAGAAGCAAUAGCGACUGCAGCAGCCGCAGUGGUAAAGCAAUAAAAGCGCAUUCCGAAACACCACUCACGCCACAAUGAAGCCAUCGGAUUUACUGCAAUUAACGGAAAGGAUAAAAAUUAAAAUUCCUCUGCCGCCAGGCGUAAGCACAACAACACUAAUACCAAAGUUAAUACGCACCAAGGAUGUGAAACAGCUGCAGGACGGCAGCGCGCAGCCGACAAAGCCGAAAUUAACGAAAUGCCUAAAUACACUGGACCUGACGUCACUUGGUGUAGGCUCGUGUUGUGGCACUGGUAUGUACCUGGUUGCGGGUAUGGUGGCGAAAAAUCUCGCUGGCCCCGGUGUGAUAAUUAGUUUUAUCAUUGCUGCGAUAGCAAGCAUUUUCUCAGGCGCCUGCUAUGCAGAAUUCGGCGUGCGCGUGCCACAUACUUCCGGCUCAGCUUAUAUGUACUCUUACGUAGCGGUGGGGGAGUUUGUAGCGUUUAUUAUUGGCUGGAAUAUGAUAUUGGAAUAUUUAAUAGGAACAAGUGCCUGCGCGUGUGCUUUAAGUUCUAGUUUCGAUUCACUGACCGGUGGUGCAAUAGCGAAUGCAAUUGGCGAUACAAUCGGCACCAUAUUUGGUAAGCCACCCGAUUUUAUAGCAUUUGGCAUAGCACUGAUUAUGACCUGCAUACUGGCGAUGGGUGCAAGUAAAUCGGUAAUAUUUAAUCAUACGUUGAAUGCCAUAAAUCUGGCGACAUGGGUAUUUGUGAUGGCCGCAGGUUUAUUUUAUGUUGACUCCAGCACUUGGACAGAGCAUCAAGGUUUUCUGCCAUACGGUUGGAGUGGUGUAUUUUCAGGCGCAGCGACUUGCUUUUAUGCGUUUAUUGGCUUCGAUAUAAUUGCCACCACCGGUGAGGAGGCGCACAAUCCUCAGAAGAGUAUACCGAAAGCCAUUGUUGGUUCAUUAGUUAUUGUUUUGAUGGCGUAUGUGAGCGUUAGUUUAGUGUUAACACUAGUCGUACCUUUUGACCACAUCAGUUCUGGCGCGGCGUUGGUGCAAAUGUGGUCUUAUGUGGGAGCACCCAAGUGUCGUGCCAUUGUCGCUGUGGGCGCUACCGCUGGCCUAUCUGUAGCAAUGUUCGGCUCUAUGUUCCCCAUGCCGCGUGUGAUUUAUGCCAUGGCGCAAGAUGGCCUAAUAUUCAGGCAACUCUCGCAACUGUGGCAACGCACUAAUGUACCCGGUCUAGCGACCAUUGGUAGCGGCAUUGCAGCCGCUUUAGUUGCGCUUACGGUACGUCUCGAAAUUCUCGUGGAAAUGAUGUCCAUUGGCACACUGCUCGCAUACACGCUGGUCUCCACUUGUGUGCUGAUAUUGCGCUAUCAGCCACACAGCACAUCACUGGUGGAGUUGCUGCCAUCGCAGCUGCGCACACCGCUCGCGCCGGGCGCAGCAACAGAUCCGAGUGCCACUACUGCUGAGGUACUGCCGUCGAAUAAAUUAACAAUAAAGCGUGUAACACGUGGCAUGUCCGAUUCCGAUGAUUCAUUUAUCGACGAGAGUCCGGAAGGUUACUUGGGACGUGACGAUCAAUUUCUUGUUUCCGAUCGCUCAGAAAAUAAGUUUUAUGGCAGCGUGCAUGGCGCACCAACUGGACCGACCGGCCAAGCGACCGCCUUUGACACUAUGGGCCUGAAUUUCGUGUCACGUAAAAUACAUGAUUAUGCGUACUUGUGUCCCGGCUUCUUUCCAUGGAUCAACCCGGGUCAAGCCACUACGGAAAGUGGCAUGUAUGUCACGAAACUUGUUGGAAUCAUGUUCGGUCUCAUAUUCUUCUUGGAUCUGUUUGCGGCCAUUGGCUGGUCCGGUGGCUUCGCCGCAUUCAUUUAUUUCAUUUUGUUCAUUGGCAUAUUUGUGAUACUAUUAAUCAUUUCAAGACAACCACAAAAUAGAUAUGCGCUCGCAUUCCUAACGCCGGGACUUCCAUUUAUUCCAGCAAUUGCCAUAACAGUUAAUAUUUAUUUAAUAUUUAAGUUAAGCAUACUCACAUUAGUUAGGUUCACUAUCUGGAUGACACUGGGCUUCAUCAUGUACUUCUACUAUGGCAUCACGCACAGUACACUUGAGCAGACGACUGAUGAGAUGGAACUGCAUGUCGAUAAAGAUUAUAGUAAAAAUGUCGAGGAGAAAGCGGUAUGGGAUCAGCCAACCUAUAUGAAUCAAAGCAAUGAGCCAGUGUGGGCUACAAAGGACACACGCGCAAAGCCUACAGCAACAGCAAAGCGUCCCAACACAAAUUACUCCAAAGCAACUGAAAGCAAUCCCACAAGUCAGCAACAGACAAAAAAUUCCACUAGUACAAGAAACCCAGCAGCGAAUUCCUCAACAACCAAUGAUGGUAAAUUUACCAUGUUCAUCGAUGAGACGCAGUUCCCAAAAUGGGAUGAUUAAAAGUGGCAGACAAAAGUGAAAACAAAACGUAUUUAAUUAGAGCUACUUCAACAAAACGAAAAGUAAAAAUAAUGAGUUGAUUAUUUAACAAGGAAAAAUGCACUUAAACAUGUACCAUACACUAGUGAACAGAAAAGAUAAGAGUAUACAUAAAAUAGUUUAAAUCAAACACGCAAAAAGAGUAAAUACUAACUGUGGAACAUUGUUAUGAUAUUAAAAUUUAAGUGUAGCAAAAAAUUUAAUGAAUAUUAGCAAUGAACGCGUGUUUUUGAUUUUAGACGAUAAAUAGAUUUUUGUGAUUCCUUAUUUAAGUUCUCCACCAAGGAACUUUAAGAACAUGUAAAUAGCGUGCAAGUUAUUUGCAAAACUUAAAAGAAAAUAUUUUAAAGUAUGGAUUUAUGUACAUAUGUAUAUAUGGUGCAUAUGUACAAUACAUAUAUACAUACAAACACGUUUAGUG